UGAGGAGAAAUUGAAGUUGCGCCACCAGCCAAUUUCGUACAUUGCCAAAUCGCAUCUUCGCAUCUUGCCAACGAAUCUCUCUCUUUCUCUUUUUCAUCGCUCCCAAUAACAUAUAAACCUUCCUUUUCGUUAACAUCUAAGCCUUUUCUCCUUCUGGGGGUCUCCGACGUCGGAAUUGAUCCAUCUCCUUGGCAAUUUUGGUGGAUUUUGUCCGGUAAUUUUCAUUUUUUCCCCUUCUUGCUGCAGGAGGGGACGAGGGUUUGCUUCUGUCCUAUAUUAUUCUGGGUUUCUUCCAAAUUAUAGGAGAUGGAUAUGGAUGCAUAUGAGGAAGUGACUGAGAAAUUUAAAAUUUCUGCUGAAACAAAUGAGGGUCAUCAUAAGUAUUCUUCGAAGGAGGGAAAAGGGAAAAGGCUUUGGAAGAAGGUGAAGUAUCAGCUGGUUGAGUACCACGCUCUACCAGCCUACUUGAGGGAUAAUGAAUUCAUUUUGGGCCAUUACCGUGCUGAUUGGCCUAUGAAGCAGACACUGCUCAGCAUCUUUUCCAUUCACAAUGAGACUCUUAAUGUUUGGACGCAUUUAAUUGGAUUUUUCCUCUUUCUCUCCUUGACCAUAUACACUGCAACAAAGAUUCCUGACGUUGUUGACAUUCAUCCUCUUCAACAUUUGCCUGACGCAUUGAGAAAAGCUGAUUUGCACAAAUUGCAAGAAGAACUCUUGACGUGCCUUCCUUCGUUGCCUCACUUCCCUGAUCUGCAGAAGCUCAGGGAGGAGUUGAAGAUUGCAAUGCCUUCAAUGGAUAUGCUUUCAUCACUAUCUCGUUGGCAUGUUGUGGAACUUCUAUACAAUUGUUUGCCUGAGCGAUUCUCCCAUGGAAAUCAAACUGAUGACUGUGUUCUGAGAAGUAUGAAGGAGGAGGUUGCCAACAUGAUUGCACCCUUAGCUAUGAGACCAAUCACCCGGUGGCCUUUCUUCGCAUUCUUGGGCGGAGCCAUGUUUUGCCUGCUUGCCAGCAGCACUUGCCACCUUCUUUCCUGCCACUCUGAGCGUGUCUCGUACAUAAUGCUCAGACUAGACUAUGCCGGAAUUGCGGCCCUUAUAUCUACCUCCUUCUACCCCCCAGUUUACUACUCCUUCAUGUGCUACCCCUUCUUUUGCAGUCUCUAUAUGGGGUUCAUUACUCUACUGGGAAUUGCAACUAUCUUGGUGUCUCUGCUGCCAAUGUUUCAAAGCCCCGAAUAUCGCACUUUUCGAGCAUCCCUCUUCCUUGGCAUGGGCUUGUGUGGGAUUGCCCCUAUUCUACACAAGCUUAUCCUGUUCUGGGGCUCACCUGAAGCACUCCACACAACAGGGUAUGAGAUACUGAUGGGGAUAUUGUAUGGUCUUGGAGCCCUUGUUUAUGCAUCAAGAAUUCCGGAGCGAUGGAUGCCUGGAAAAUUUGACAUUGCUGGCCACAGCCACCAACUAUUCCACAUUUUAGUAGUUGCUGGGGCGUAUACUCAUUAUCGCGCAGGACUGGUUUACCUCAAAUGGCGUGACCUGCAAGGUUGUUAAAUUAGAAUUUCAACGAGAAUUUAGUUUAAUAUAUUCUAUAUGUACGUAUGUAAUAUUUAGCCGGACUUGGAAAGAAAGCUCACUCCCAGUCCCAACAUUUCACGGGCCGUAAGAUCAGAACCAGCUUCAAGGUUUUAAUAGAAUAUGGUCCAAUGCUGAGUCUUGAGUGUUCAUUCUCAAUGCUCAAUUCCCACCCACUAUGUUGAAUUGUUAAAUCUACAUGCUCUGCAGUACAGGCUUUUUCUAUAUCCUUAAAAAGAAAUAUACUUUUUACUGCAUUCAUGGUAGAUCAGUGUGAACUCGAUCAACAAAAAUAAUUAUAUCUCAAACUGAGUCAUUUGGAUUUAUAAUUA